AUGCGCCGAACACAAACUGUUGAGACCCUGGGUUUUCCCGUUCUGACGGGCGGCGCGGAGCUGGGUGCGAGGCUCUGGCGGUACCGAGCGCUGCCGCCGUGCCCGUCACGUUCCGGGCCCCGGAGCGGAUCGCUCCCGCUCGGCCCGGGGACCGAGGGGCACCAAGGCUGGAACAGGCGGGGACCGAGCGGGGAUCGAGGGGGGGAACGAGACGGGACCGAAGGAGGGAGCGAGGCCCGGCCGGCUCCGCCGCCCCCGGGCCGGCCCCGCCCCGCCUGUCGGGUGCCGCGGUUGCCCGUCAUCUGGUGCAAGGCCUCAGGCCUGCUUCCUUCUAAGUUCCUGAAGGAGAAGUUUCUCAAUGUGAAGGAGGUGGCCAGCACUGGGGCGAGUUUUCUGCCCAAAAUUGGCCCAUUUCGACACAUGAGUGAGACUUGUCAAAAGAUUGUGUCUCCUGUGAAGGCACACAGGAGACCUGCUUGUGUCUCUGCACUGACAGCAGUGCAGCUGGAGAAGGCAGACAAAGCAGGGGAGAGUUUUCUCAAAUUGUUGCCAGUUCCUCCGAUAGAGAGCUUGCUCCAAGUUUCCCCACCAGAGAUGGUAUUUCAGAAAUUCGUCGCUCAUGAGGUCUCGGAAAUGGUACUGUCUCUCACAAACAAGGACAAGUUUACUCGGCUGGUGAAGGUCUACAUGGAGAGAUCACCUUAUUUUGAGCUGUUGUGCCCCAAUGAUGCAUACCACAUCAUCCCACCAGGCACAUCUUCCCAUGUGCGCAUCCGCUUCACCCCCGACGAGACCAAGGAUUAUUCCCACGAACUCAUCUGUCUCACUGCAAGGGACAGGAUAGUUGUGCCUAUUCAGGCCAUUGCUGCCCAAGCUAUCCUGGACUUCCCUGACCAGCUGGACUUCUCACGGUGCCCAGUCAAGUACAGCAGCCAGAAGACUCUGCUGGUUCGCAAUGUUGGUAACGUGGAAGCUCAUUACCAGCUGAGCACCCAGAGUCCUUUCUGCGUGAUUCCAGACAGGGGAACUCUGGCCGCUGGUGACACCAUGCAGGUGACAGUGGGAUUUCACCCGCUGACGGUCGGUGACCAUUCCGGGUCCCUGGUAGUGUGCUGCAACACAGGUGAGUGUAUCUGCACAAACCUUCACGGAGAAGCUGUAGAUGUCAACGUUGGGUUGAGCGCCAAUUCCGUGAAGGUUGAGAACACUUUCAUCACCACAUCAAACUACACAACCGUGUUCAUCGAAAACAGGAGUGACAUCACAGCCCACUUCCAGUGGAAGACUUUUCCUACUGAGGAAGAUGAGAAUAAACUGAAGAGAAGGCAGUGCUAUUUUCUGCAGCCACUGACAGAGGUAUCGCUGGAAAACUUCAUUGAGGAGAAGAAUAUAGAGCAGGAGAAGGGCUAUUGUGAAGAUAAAACUGCCCUUGUGAGCCACACAGUCCAGGAGGAGAUGGCAAAGGUGCAAGAAGACCCCAUGCUGUUCUCCGAUGACAUUUUUUCCAUUGAACCAGUGGAGGGAGAAAUUGGGCCGAACUGUUGCACCAAAAUCAAGGUGACCUUUAAACCUCUAGAAGCACUGGAGUAUCGAAGUGUGGCUUACUGCAACAUCUCAGGCCGAGAGAGCAGGCUGCCCCUGCACCUCAUAGGGGAAGGCCAAGGACCCUUCGUUGAACUCAGCUCUCAUACACUGAACCUUGGGAACAUUUUUGUCAACACCCCCUACGUCUAUGAGGUGAAACUGAUUAACCAAGCACCUAUUGAUGCUCCCUUCACCUAUAUCUGUACAACUGCAAACGUGGGCUACUGCUUCAAGUUUGCACCUGAGGAGGGCAUCAUUGCACCAGGUGGGAUCCAGACCAUCCAGAUCUCCUUCAAUGCCACCGUACUGGGGAGGUUUGAGGAAGAAUUCCAGUUCAGUGUGGCUGGAUCUCCUACGCCUGCAAUCCUGACAAUCAAGGGACAUGUCUGUGAACCGACUGUACACUUCAACGUCGAUGAGCUCGACUUCGGUGACAUUUCCUUUGGCUUUCCCUACACCAUGACCUGUCGCCUCACUAACCCCUCCCCAGCAUCCCUGAGGUUCAAGCUCCGCAUGUCUGACGAUGGCACUCAGCCUGCUGUGACCCUGUGUUCCAACACCAUGAUGGAUUUCUGCCGGAGAAUGCUGGUGGACCUGGAGGGUAUUGGCAAUGGAGUGGCAUCAGUGACCAUCAUGGCCAGAUGUCUCGUUCCUGAGCUGCGAGUGUACCCUCACGUCCUGCUGCACGAUGAGUGCCGCCUCAAGGUGCCCUACGAGAGGAAGUUCCUCGUUGUGAAUAACACCGACCUUCCUGGCUGCUACGGGCUUAUUCCCCAGAAACGCAAGGAGGACACUCCUGUGUUCUACUCCAGCCCCAAACCCUGUGGGAUUGUCCAGCCUCACAGCAUCGCAGAGAUUCCAGUUACAAUCGAAGUCCAAACAUUGGGCGAGCAUCGCACCAGUGUUCUUAUCAGCGUGUUUGGGGAUGAGAGAAACCCACGGGCCUGCAAACCCCACUGCUAUGUCAUUGAACCCAGAGAAGGAGUGAUCCCCGCUACGGGUGAUAUUCCUGUGACCAUCACAGCAACCUUGGAUGACACUGGGAUUUUUGCUGACACUAUUCAGCUUUUCAUUGGGAACAGCCUUUGGACCACCUUCAUGUUGCUGGCUGUGGGCACCGGCACCACAAUUGUCAUGGACAAACCAUUCGUCCCAGAGCUCAGCUUGGGACACCAGUUCAGGCUCGUUCCCUGUAUUUGUCGGUUCAAAGUAACAAACAGGGGCCACCAUUUCCAUCGGCUCUUCUGGAGUGUGGAAUGUCACAGCCCCCCUAAGAAGAAGGGCCAGAGCAUCCCAGCCCUCAGUAGCCCCCUGGCCGAAGAUGAUUGCCAGAGCCCCAAAGGCACCAGCCCCGUGUUUGGGCUGGAGCCACUGUCGAUGGAGCUGCAGCCGGGCGAGUCUGUGGACAUGGUGCUGCGAGGCUUCUCCCCCAUCGAGCAGUCAGCAAAGAAGGGCAGAGAAAUAACUUACACCAGCAGGACAGAGAAGAUAAUAGAAACAACCAUUACCUGCAAGUUUAUUGAUCCCUCCAUAGAAAUAUCAGCCAGACAAUUCUCUUUCUGGGUGGAGAAGAAACCCAGUGAUGAUGUCCUGACUCUGCAGUACAAGCCUUUGGCUUUAAAGAACACCUGCUUGCUGCCACUCGACCUUAUGCUGGACUUGGAGCAGCCGUUUCUGCUCUGCGAUGCGGACCAGCAGCCCCUCCCGGAUGGCCAGCCUGUGACAGUGGAUGUAGGACAGACCUGUCAUCUCUACAUUGCAUUUGACCCAUCUUAUAAACUGGAUUUUCAUAGCUGGAAGGAAGAGAAGGUUCUGAAGAUAAACAUGGUCAACGGCCAUCCUUAUGUGGAGUGUAUCACCCUUCAAGGAGAAGUCCACUUCCCCAAUCUCCAAAUCCAGCCCUGCACCCUGGAGUUUGGCUGCAUCCUGGCUGGCACUGCAGAAGGGCGUUCUCUGGAGAUAACCAACUGCAGCCCACUGCCUGUCCAGUACCACUGGUCAUUCCAUUCAGACGGCCAGGUGAACAGGCUGAGGUCCCUGUUCAUAGUUACAUUAUUUUCCAGGCAUGAGCGUUGCCCACCUAAGUUCAAACCCCAACCACCAAAGGAGAAGAGAACCUGCUUGGAUUACUCGGCACCUCAAAGGAGACGCUUCAAGAUUAGAAAUGGGGAGGACCCAGCCACAGCCCUCAGAGAAUCGCACCUCCAGCUACAGCUGCAGUUUGCUCCAAGGUGCUCUUCUGCAUCCAUUUCCACACUGAACAUCUCAAUCGUUCCUGUCCUCCAGGUUUUCAGUAUCCUGCCGCAGUCGGGUGUGCUGCAGCCAGGAGAGAGACAGAAGGUCUCCUUCAGCUUCUUUGGCCACCUCAACACCAUCGCCAGUGUCACGGCGCUGUGCCAUGUAGAGGGAGGCCCCACCUACGAGGUGGAGCUGACCGGGGAGGCCUCAUGCAUCAGCUACUCCCUGAGCCUCCAGGAGAUCAACUGCGGCUUUCAGAUAUUUAAUGAAAUUCAUCACAGCACAGUCACCCUGGCGAACACUGGCAACACUGAAUUCAACUGGGUGCUAAAUCCUAGCACUGCAGAGCAACAUCUGCCUGGCGUGUUUCUGGUCAUCCCCCCCACUGGCUCCGUUGCACCUGGUGAGAAGCAAGUGCUGAAAUUCUCUUACAUGCCAGGAGUACCAGGAGCCUUCAGCAGGACUUUCCAGCUUAAAGUGGGUGACCUGGACCCAGAAAAUAUCUGCCUGAAAGGAGAAGCAUUCUUUCCUGUGAUCAGUGUGAACCUGCCCUGGAACAUCGAAGGAAAUGAAAAAUAUGAGAAGCUCAUAAAACCCCUGCAACAAUUCAGUCAGAGGAAUCAAUCAGUUGUUCAGAAGACUCAGAGUCCGAAGACUAAGGCCUUGAAGUUUCAGACUCCAAAGACUCAGACCCUGAAGACUCAGAACCUGAAGCCCCACGCACCUGGCUUUGGCACUGUACCAAACACUGAGCUGCAGAUAGAGACGGUGAUGAUGCUGAUAGAGGAGGCUGCCCUGGAGCUGCAGGAAAAGCUCCCAUCCCAUCCCCCAUACAGCAGGUUCCCUGACAAAAAGAUGCGCCAGAGUCUUGUCAAAGUUGAGCUGCCUGAAUAUGUGCUGGACAUGGGCACUGUACGUAAGGGUUACACUGAGAGACGCACCCUGGUGAUCACCAACCCUGGGCAGAUCCCAGUGUCCUUCCAGGUCGAUGUAUCUGCCCUGCAGGACACAGGUUUCAGAGUGAAUCUGGACCAGAUGCAGGGUCUGCCUCACAGACACACCAUAAUGUUUGAGGUGUGCUUUGAAAGCACCCGCCGGCCAUGGGGUGAUGUGGAUGUGCUGCUGCCCAUAGAGGUGGCAAAAGGCCCCACGUAUAACAUCCACCUCCAUGCCACUGUGUUGGGACUGUCGCUCAACCUCUCCAAGAACAUGCUGCAGUUCUCUGAUACCCUCGUUGGGCAGUGCCAGAUUGAGACAGUCCAGCUCUACAACUGGUUCCAAAUACCCUGCAAGUGGUUCAUUACUGCCAUCAAGCCUGUCAGGAAGGACAAUCAACGCAAACGCAUUACACCAGCCAUGCGUCAGAAGCAGCAGGUGCUGGAGGAUGAGCCCUGUCCCUUUGAAGUGACGCCCUCCAAAGGAACCCUCAAUCCAGGAAGGUGGCAGAACUUACAAAUCCAGUUUACACCCAAGCAGGAGAGGUCUUACAAGAAUGAGCUGAAGCUUAACAUUUGUGGAAGCAGCAAUCACUUAAAGCUGCACCUCUCAGGACAAGGUCUAGAGCCACGGUUGGAGUUUAGCCCCCCAGCACUCAAGAUGGGAUGGGUGCUGGUGGACAGUGAUGGGGUGGAUGCCACAGUAGUGGUGAAGAACCCAUGCAACUUCCCUGUUGAGUUUUACUCACUGGAUUUUGAUGAGCAGUACUUUGAGGAAGAGAAGAUCCUGUGGAUGGCAGCGGGGUCUGAGUACCAAAAGAACUUUCUAAUGCCUCCACGCACCGUGGGUGGGAUGCUGCCCCCAGAGGUGCUGGAGGACUGUGAAGCACAGAAGAGGCCGAAGGCUCAACAGGCAGAGCUCAAGGCCAUGGCAGAGGCCAAGGACAUGGCUGAGGCCAUAGACAAGGCAGCACCAGCAUAUCAUGGGGCUGUCACACCCUCUCCUGAGCCCAUGGUGGAAGUGACUGGGAGCCCUAUCUCUCAGGCUGUCAUGCGCCACCUGGGCAUCGACCCAUCUUCAGAGAGUUGUGAAGCACAGCAGGACAGAGGGAUUGUUGUUAUUGUCCAUGGGCCACCCCGGGCAGGUUCUUCCAAGGCCUGUCCCUGUAAUGCCUCGUAUGCAAGUGUCACCAAGCAGUCCUCCUCUCUCUCAGGAAAGACAGAGAUAGUGGUGGCCCUGUGUCACUAUUAUGACACUGCUCACUUGUCCAUUGACACCAUGGUGAAAGAGGCCAUCGCCAAUGAUCAGAGCCAAGCAGGGCGCCGCGCCCGGGAGCUUUGCACCAAGGCUGCCAUGGAGCUGAAAGGCGAAGACCAAGAUGAUGCUGGUAAAAAGCCUCUGCUUACUGCUCAGACCAAGAACAAACAAGCCUCUGGAGAAAAAAACAACAUGAAGAAGAAGAAUCCCAAAGGCAAGAACCCUGCAGCACAAAAGAAGGAGCCAGCCAGCAAACCCAACAAAAAGGACACCAAGCAGCUGAACAUCAUCAGCAGUCAUGGGGAAGAGCUGAACUGCUUGAGCUGUGUGCUGCCCGAGGACCUGCUGGUGGACAUCCUCUGUGAGAGGCUGAAGCAUGAAGACUGCUCCAAGGGAGUGGUCUUUGAUGGCUUGGAGAGCCUCUUCACAAGCAGCCUGGAAUCUUCUCUGCUCUGUGUAUUCAAAGCUGUCAACAAUCGUCAUCAUAUCUACAUGGUGAACCUGCAUCACGAUUAUGCUUCUUGGAAAGCCAAGGAGGAAGCUGAAAGAGAGAAGGAAGAAUGGCAGAGGAAAAAACCUAUUCAGAGGAGCACAGAAUAUGUCUUGCAAAUGGAUGAGGAUGAGGAUGAUGCCCUUCCUGAGAAGAAAGCUCUAGUGGACAAAAUAAUACCAGAAAGGAAGUGUAUACAGAGAGAGAGAAGUGUCUUUAAGUCUAUGAUGUUGAUUUACACCUUCUUCAUCAUCCCUCUUCUUCACCCAUACAGUGGGAUUGUGGUAUGGCCUUCAGCUGAAAACAAGCUUCACAAGACCAUAAAGCCUCAGGAGAAGGUGGAGAAGAAGCCUGAACAAAAAGGUGGAGGCCAAAGGAGUCUUCAGUCAUCUCAGCUGGAGACACAAAGUGAAGUUGCAGAAGGGGCAGUCAGAGAUGAGCAUGUCGGGGUGUGGUGCUUGGACAUCCAGGUCACAGAUCCAAAGGCCAUGAUUAGGGAGAUCCUGAGGGAUGGGAGGCUGCCAACAAAAGAUAAGAUGCUGAGACAUCUGGGACUGCAUCCCGAAGGGCCUCCCCUGCCCCCUGCUGCUGUCUUCUCCGUAGUCAACUACCCAGAGGAGUGGUUGGGUUCUGCAGAGUGUGUGAAGCCCUUCACCAUUGUUGCACCGGAAGGUGCUGCUAUGGAAGACAAUCGGGCCAAGGCCCCAGAUGCCAAGGGCAGUUCUGCUGAGGGCCAACCAAAGACACAUAAAGCAGCCAGCAGAGACAACUGUCCAAAGGAGAACCAUAUCUCCACACACAGAACAGAAAGUCCCCAGGAUUCCUCUGCAACCAGAUCCAACAGUGUGCUGAAAAGAGCCUCAACCCCCACAGAAUUCCACAGGCUGAAACGGUACCGAUGGAUAGUGCCUGGCCACGGUGAGGUGGAACUGAAGGUCCACUUCUCCACCAAAAGGCCAGGGAAGUUUGAGCACACGCUGAGGUUUGAGCUCGUGGAGACAAAGCGCCAGUACGAGCUGCCCUGCAGUGGCACGGGCGUGUACCCCAGCAUCAGCCAGAACCCGCGGCUGGUGUUUCCACAGUGGAGGGAGACCAUGGAGGCAGAUGAAAUCAUCUUCAAGGAAUAUGUUGAGAGCACAAAGCAAUUCCACUUUGGACCUCUGCUGUGUGGGAAAUCAAGAGAGUGGUACAAGGCCCGGAACUGUCCCGGCAACUCAGAGAAUAUAACCAUCCUCAACAACUCCCCUGUGGAUGCAGAGGUCCAGUUCUCCUUUGAGAAUGAUGGGAAAGCAGUGACAUUCCUUUUGGACCCUCCCAGCAUGACACUCAAACCAAAGGAGAAGCAGGAGCUGACCAUUUGGGCAUACCCCACUUCCCCUGGCUUCCUGGAAGACAAACUCAUCUGCUGCAUUGAGAAGAACCCAGACCCAGUGGUUUUCAGCCUGUGCUGCCAUGGGGUGCACGUGAUGCUGGAGGUCAGCCCCCUGGAGCUGUCUUUUGACAAGCUGCUUCUGCACAGGACUGACAGCAGGACCUUGGUCCUGAAAAACAACACCCUACUGCCCAUGGCCUGGCAGCUCACUGGGCUGGAUGACCUUGUUGAGGCCUUCUCCUUGUCACAAGAUAACGGCAUCAUUGAUCCCCACUCAGAGUUUGAUGUGACCCUGAAUUUCAAGGCCGAGCAGAUUGGCAGCAUUGAGAAGACCCUGCGACUAGAGGUUUCAGAUACAGGAAACAUCCUGGGGAUUGUUCAGGCUGAAGACAUUGAGAUCUCUGCAGAGGUCUGUGAUGUUUCUCUGAGUAUCGACAUGCCUGAAGGUCCAGAUGGAAGCUUGGAAUUUGGAACCAUUCAUGUCCUGGAAAAUGUGAAGAAAGUCCUGAGUCUAAAGAACAAAGGGAUACACAACAUUGAGUACCGUUUUGUGCUGAAGAAUGCAGGUCCCAGGAUGCAAGAUUUGGCAUCCCACUUCACUAUUGAGCCUCAGUCGGGCAUGCUGAUUGCCUCCCAGCCUGGUGUGAAUGUUGAGAUGCUCUUCCACCCCACAAGGGAAAUGGUCGUCAAGAACAAACCCAUCCUGUACUGCCAGGUGAUAGAUGCCAGCUCAGGGGAAGGAAGCCAGACUGUUGCCACCAUCCCAGUGAGGGUGUCGGCAAAAGCUGUGUACAGCAAGUACAGUAUUGAGCCUGCCUCACCCAUCAACUUUGGGGCCAUGCUCAAGGGCACCAAGAAGACCCAGACUGUCGUGCUGGAGAACAGAGGCAUGCUCAACUUCAAAUUCCACAUCCUCCAAGCACCCGAGGAUGCAUCUGCAUUGGAAAGCAAAAGCUCAAAGCAAGAGGAAUCCGCUCCACCAGCGACAAAGCUGAAAUCAAGCUCCUUGACACAGGGUUACCUCAGUCUUGGCAUGUUCACGGUGUCCCCCUGCUCCGGCUCUGUCGCUCCGUGGGGCCAGCAGAAGAUCACAGUGGAAUGCCUCGCAGGGCAGGAGGGGACAUGUGAGGAGCAGCUCUACAUUGACAUCAUGGGCAGAGACCCCAAGGACAAUCCCGUGGGCAUUCCCUUUACCCUGAUUGCCGAAUCCUGCCUCCCAGCACUUGUUGAGGAUGUCACGUUAACCUUCGAGGAGUACCCGAUCUGCAGCAGCACCAACCUCAGCUGCAAGCUGCGGUCAGUCAAAGGCACGGGUCUGUUUGUCAGAGAAGAGAACAAAUUUGUCUUCACCAAGGUUCUGGUUGGGCAAGAGGCUGAAGCUCAUUUCAGUGUCUACAAUACAAGUGGUCUGCCAUGUGACGUGGUCCUCUCCAACAAACCCCUGCCUGGAAAGGAAAAAAGCCCUAUCAAUAACAUUUUCAAGUUGUAUCCUGACAUGAUGUCCAUUCCUGGCUCAUCCAAUGCCGUUGCUACGGUGACCUUCACCCCACCAGAGAAGCAGAACUACAGCUGUACUUUCAAGGCUUCCCUUGUCAUCCCAAAAAGCUCUGUGCAAAUUAAGCCCCAAACCCUGACCUUCACCAUCAGUGGGAAGGGGCAUGAGCCACAGGUGACAGUCGUGUGCCCAAGUGCUCGCAGCAAGAGGGGAAAUGCUGUGCUGCGCUUCAAGAGACUCCGGGUGGGGGAUUCAGAGAUGCUUCCCCUGGUCAUCCAUAACAAUGGCAUCGUACCUGUCAAGUUUAUGUUACACCUGGAGGAUGAGCACGGAGCGUUCUUCUUGAAAGGCAGGGGCUCCACACUCGAGAGAUUCUACACUGAAGAUGUGGAAGAGGACUGCGUUGGAAAUGAGAGCAAGCCCCCAGAGAAGCCUUUCUUCUUUCUGCAUCAUGGGCAAUCGACAAAUAUUGAUGUCAUUUUCAAACCCACCUUGACUCAACAUCUGGAAGGGAAGAUUUGUGUGUUACUGGAAGACAUCUACUCUAAGAAGACCCUAAUAGAGCUGGUGGGUGAAGGCCACAAGGAUGAAUUCACCCUUGAUGGACUAGAGGAAGACACAGAUGAGAGGAGAGCUAAGCGCAGUCUGAAGAAAGACAUUAUUGAUGCUGUCAGAUUGAAUCACAUCCAGUUUGGGGACUGUCCUGUCGGGAGGCCCUACCGCAGGACCUUCACCAUCACCAACCAUACCAGUACGAAGGUCAUGCGCUUUGAGUGGGAGGCAGACGCCGCAUUCCAGUUCUCCCCCAAGAUGGGACACCUCCAUCCUGGCUAUGCCAAGGACAUCACAGUCACCUUGAAAUCAGAUGUUCCAGCCACCUUCAGGAGGCACCCUGUGAAAUGUAAGGUGAUCAAGACCAACUCUGAGCUACCACAAAGGAUGGUUCAGGAUUGGGAGGACCGAAUGUGCAUUGUCACAAUGGAGGAUACCACCAGGAAGGACAUGUCAGCCAGCUGGCCUGAGAAAGAGAAGAUGGUCCAGACAGCCCCAGAACCAGAACCGGCACCGGCUUACACUGUGGAUGAGAGCAUCCAGGAGGCCAAGGUGUACCUCAGUGCUGUUGUUGGCUACACCGAGUUCAAACGGAACCUGAUAGUGGUUCAGCUCAAGGAUACCUUGCCCAACCAGACAAGGAAAGACAUUUUCAGGAUACACAACACAGGAAAUAUAGCCCUGGAAUACAGCUGGAUGGAAGCUGCAGAUAGUAAAGCAGUGAAGAAACCAUACUCAACCACUCUGAUGCAUGACAUCAAAGACCUGCCACUGUUCUACAUCAACCCCUGCCACGGCAUCAUCCCUCCUGGCCAAAAGCAGAUCUUUCACAUGCUGUUCUCCCCAAAGCACGCGGGGAAGUUUAGGACCACCAUACUCUUCAGGACUCAUAAGCUGAAGCCGGCUCUGAAGAAGGUAGAGGUGAUUGUGAAAGGCAGAGCCCAGGAGCAGGAGAGUCUUGAUAAACCAAAACGCUCUGCGUUACGGCAGACAGACAAAGGCCAAGGACCCAAGAAGCAGGUGCACUGGAAACUAACACCUGAGUGA